AAUUACGGUAAUGACACCGUGAUUUUCACCGGCCGUCGGACCUUUGACAAGUCUCUUCCCGUUCCACGUAAUACGAGCGGUGGGCCCCACGUGCCCCGGCCACCACCACCACCACCGCACCGCCUGCCUGCCUGCCUUGUUUCCACGCACAAAGGCGAAUAAAAACCAGCCUGUGAUGCAGCUGCCAUCGCCAUUUCUCUCUCUCUUCUUUCUCUCUCCUCCAUAGCCAUUUCUCUCCGUUCGUCGUCUUCCCAUCUUCUGGUGCGAGUAAAGGUACGCAGGGGAAGGGCCUCCGUCUAGACAGAAGCCCACGAUGCAGAAGCGGAGCUUCAUCCCCAACCUCGGGUCCGCCGCCCCGUCCCUGCCGCUGUCCCAGAGAGCGGAGCACCACCAGGACGGCGGCCUCGACACCCUCCAGCGGGGGCUCCGCCGCCGGCUCUCCUCCCUGUCCCUCAAGAUCCAGCCCGCGGCCUCCUCCUCGUGGGACCUGCUCCGCCGCACCAGGUCCGUCUCCUCCAUGGGGGCCUCCGCGGGGGGGUCCAUCCGGAAGUGGUGGGACUGGGGCUGGUCCUGGAUCAUGUCCCGCAAGCCCGUCUUCGCCCAGGAUCUGGAGAUGAACGAGGAGGAGACCAAGGCCAUCGGGUCCCACAACCGGGGGAGCUGGAGGCACGUGUUCUACAAGGUCCGGUCCGAGAUCCGGCGGCUCGUCGGGUCGGACAACAACGUCGGCCUCCCCCAGACGUGUCGGUACGAUCCGGUGAGCUAUGCCCAGAACUUCGACCACGGCAGGAGAUCGCCGUCGGUCGUCGAAGCUUAUUGAUCGAUUCGAGGCAAUGCCAUACCGAGAGAGCUUGUAAGGGAGAUCGAAGAAGAGCGAGGAGGAGGAGGAGCAGAAGAAGGAGAAGGAGAAGAGAUCCAGAAUUGACGGAAUAAAAGACCCCAAGAUCCAGAACCCAACGGACCAAGUUCCCUCUUUUCUUCUUCUUCUUCUUCUUCUUCUAUUUCUUGCUGUCACAGUGAUUGUUUCAUGUGUUUAUUCUUUUCUUGUUUUCUCAUUUCUUUCCCUCUCUCUCUCUCUCUCUCUUCAUGUUGGUGAUGUUGAUGAAAAAGAUUGCUCUUUUUUUUACUUCCUUCUUUUUGUUCCCUUUGGGCCUGUAAUUAGAGACCAAACUGAGAAUGUGUUAUAUUAAAUCAAAGUUGGCUUCUCCCUAUGGAAGUCGGAUUCAUAGUAUUGCAGAAUAAAGAACCGUUCUUGUUGUCGUCA